UACUCUGGUUGUAGAAAGUCAGGAGUAAACCACAAAAUGAAUGUCAUUUUUUUCCUGCUCCUGGGAGCUGCAGCUGCGGCCGCCCUGGAUGACAAGAUAGUGGGAGGCUACCAGUGUGAAGCCCAUUCUCAGCCUUGGCAGGUGUCCCUCAAUAUCGGCUAUCACUUCUGCGGAGGCUCUCUCAUUAAUGACCAGUGGAUCAUCUCUGCUGCCCAUUGCUGGCAAAACCCUUAUUCACAGAUUGUCAUUUUGGGUGAGAAUCACAUCUGGAUGCAUGAAGGUACUGAGCAGUUUAUGGCUGUUGAUGCCAUCUACUGGCACGAGAGUUACGAUUACCAGACCUUCGAUUAUGACAUCAUGCUGAUGAAACUGGCACAUCCAGUGGCUAUCAAUGAGUUUGUGAAGCCUGUUGCUCUGCCCAAAGCCUGUCCCACACCCGGAGACAUGUGUAUGGUAUCUGGAUGGGGGAACAUCUACACUGAUCAAGUGUUCAACCCAUUUUACCUCCAGUGUGUGGAAGUGCCCAUAUUGUCCAACAAGGAAUGUGAGAACUCCUACCCCGGCAUGAUCACUGAGCGUAUGGUGUGUGCAGGAUAUCUGGAGGGAGGCAAGGAUGCUUGUCAGGGUGACUCCGGUGGCCCUCUGGUGUGUAAUGGAGAGCUGCAGGGAAUAGUGUCUUGGGGUCAGGGCUGCGCUCAACCCAACUACCCGGGUGUCUACACCAAAAUUUGUGCUCUCAUGCCCUGGAUCAACGAGAUACUUUCCAGAUACAUUGCCUUGGAGGACGACAAGAUCGUCGGAGGGUAUGAGUGCACACCCUACUCUCAGCCUCAUCAGGUGUCUCUGAACUCUGGCUACCACUUCUGCGGUGGCUCCCUGGUCAACGAGAACUGGAUUGUGUCUGCUGCUCACUGCUACAAGUCCCGUGUUGAAGUGCGUCUGGGAGAGCACCACAUCGGCAUCACUGAGGGAACUGAGCAGUUCAUCAGCUCCGCUGCUGUCAUCCGUCACCCCGGUUACAAUAGCUACACCAUCGACAAUGACAUCAUGCUGAUCAAGCUCAGCAGGCCCGCCACCCUCAACCAGUACGUGCAGCCUGUGUCUCUGCCCAGUGGCUGUGCUCCUGCUGGUACCAUGUGCAAAGUCUCUGGCUGGGGCAACACCAUGAGCUCCACUGCUGACAGGAACAAGCUGCAGUGUCUGGACAUCCCCAUCCUGUCUGACAGGGAUUGUGAUAACUCCUACCCUGGAAUGAUCACCGACGCCAUGUUCUGUGCCGGAUACCUGGAGGGAGGCAAGGACUCCUGCCAGGGUGAUUCUGGUGGCCCUGUUGUGUGCAACGGUCAGCUGCAGGGAGUUGUUUCCUGGGGCUAUGGAUGUGCUGAGAGAGACCACCCUGGUGUCUACGCCAAGGUCUGCCUUUUCAGUGAUUGGCUGCAGAGCACCAUUAGGUUUGUUCUAGAAGCUGGUUGGUCACAGAUAACAGCAGUAGGUUUCCUCAUGGGAAAAGCUCAAUCCACCUUCCUAUAUAAACCAGGACUCCAGACAAAGUUCUCUCAUCAACAAGAUCACUCAGCAACCAUGAGGUCUCUGGUGUUUGUUCUGCUCAUUGGAGCUGCUUUUGCCUUGGAGGACGACAAGAUUGUCGGAGGGUAUGAGUGCACACCCUACUCUCAGCCUCAUCAGGUGUCUCUGAACUCCGGCUACCACUUCUGCGGUGGCUCCCUGGUCAACGAGAACUGGAUUGUGUCUGCUGCUCACUGCUACAAGUCCCGUGUUGAAGUGCGUCUGGGAGAGCACCACAUCGGCAUCACUGAGGGAACUGAGCAGUUCAUCAGCUCCGCUGCUGUCAUCCGUCACCCCGGUUACAAUAGCUACACCAUCGACAAUGACAUCAUGCUGAUCAAGCUCAGCAGGCCCGCCACCCUCAACCAGUACGUGCAGCCUGUGUCUCUGCCCAGUGGCUGUGCUCCUGCUGGUACCAUGUGCAAAGUCUCUGGCUGGGGCAACACCAUGAGCUCCACUGCUGACAGGAACAAGCUGCAGUGUCUGGACAUCCCCAUCCUGUCUGACAGGGAUUGUGAUAACUCCUACCCUGGAAUGAUCACCGACGCCAUGUUCUGUGCCGGAUACCUGGAGGGAGGCAAGGACUCCUGCCAGGGUGAUUCUGGUGGCCCUGUUGUGUGCAACGGUCAGCUGCAGGGAGUUGUUUCCUGGGGCUAUGGAUGUGCUGAGAGAGACCACCCUGGUGUCUACGCCAAGGUCUGCCUCUUCAGUGAUUGGCUGCAGAGCACCAUGUCCAGCUAUUAAACUGGAUCCUUCUACAGCCAUCUGAGGCUGCUUCAUUUCUUCUAAUAUGCUAUCGAUGAGGAGAUUUCGCAACAUUUUUCAUCAUCAAGGAGUCAGUUUCUUGCCAAAUAAUACAAAAAUGAACAAUAAAAUCUCUUUGAUUUUA